GCGGAGCUCGCGGGGGCGGCGCUCGCGAGCACGAUCGCGAACGUCACGGGAAACGCCGUCGUCGUGGGGCUGGUGAGCGCGCUGGUGACGCUGGGGGGGCAGGCGUACGGUCAGGGGCGCGGCGGCGAGGCGUGGGCGUGGGCGCAGCGCGCGCUCGCGUGCUGCGCGGCGACGGCGACGGCGACGGCGAUCGGCUGGCGGUUCGUCGAGGGGGGGCUGUCGGCGUGGCAUUUCGACGCGGCGAUCGCGAGGAGCUGCGCGGCGUACUUGCGCGGAUUGCGCCCGGGGUUGUUCGCGUACGCGGCGAACGCGUGCGCGCAGGCGUGGUUGCAGGCGCAGGGGUCGACGCGGCCCAUCGCGUGCGCGGGCGUCGCGGCGACGGCGUUACACGCGCCGGCGUGCCUGUGCUUUCGAAGGAUGGGGUUCGGUGCGGUCGGGCCGGCGUACGCGACGAGCGUGAGCACGAGUUUGGUGUUCGCGGCGAACGCGACGUACGCGCGGUUGAGAAGAAAUCGGAACGGAUGGACGAUGUUCGACCGCGAGGGGUUGGUGUUGUUUCUGAAGCUGGGCGUGCCCGGAGUUUUGUUAAUGAGCGAGUGGUGGGCGAGCGAGUUCAUCGUGCUCGCGGCGGGGAAAUUGCGAAAUCCGAGCGUCGCGAUUUCGGCGAUGUCGAUUUACCAGGCGACGAACGCGUUCGCGUUCAUGGUGGCCGUUGGUUUCGGCGCCGCGACGGCGACGCGAGUUUCGAACGAGGUUGGCGCGAAAGAUGCGUCGCGCGCAAAGCUCGCCGCAUCCGUGGCGUUGCGCUUGAUCGUCGUCGUCGAAGUCGCGGUUUCCGCGACGGUGUAUCUCUCGCGCGAGCGAUGGGGCGCCGCGUUCACGUCUGACCAUGACGUUCGCGCGCUCGUAUCGAAACUGAUGGUUCCACUCGCUUUCUACGUCUUUUUCGACGCCGUGUGUUGCGUCAGCACGAGCGUUCUGCGAGGCGCCGGACGUCAAGCGUUUGCCACUCCCAUCGUGCUCUUCGCGUAUUACGUCGUCGGCUUGCCCCUGAGCGCUUGGCUCGCGUACAAGGGCUACGGUGCCAUGGGUUUGGCCAUCGGAGGUGUCGUCGGUACCGCCACGCACGCUGGCAUCAUGACUCGCGUCGCGCUCUGCAUCGAUUGGCCGACGGAAAUCGCGCGCUCGAAGCACAUUCGAGGCGCUUCGGCGUUCGACGACGACGACGAUCUCGCCUCUCGCCUC